AUGAAGUUUGCCACUGAUCAUGAGCUUAUGGCCUAUUACAUGAGAUAUGUCAAGCAACAAGGUUUUGGUGUUAUAACACAAAGGACACAAAGGACGAAGAGAGAGGCUAAUGGGAGGGUGAAGUAUUUGACAAUUGGGUAUGCACGAGGCGGCAAGUAUCAACCUAGUCAUAGUAAUAUCUCGAGGCUACACCCAACUAUUAAAACGGAUUGUAAGGCACAGAUAAAUGCUCACUUGGUGGAGGGUAGUUGGGUGGUGACCACUGUUGAGAUUGCCCAUAAUCAUAGUACUUUUCAAGAAAAAGGCUGUCGUAAUUUUAUUGACAAGGCCAGACAAUUAAGGCUGGGUAAAGGUGGUGGCAAAGCACUUACUGAGUACUUCAAGAGGAUGAGGUUGCAGAAUGAUAGUUUUGUUUAUGUGAUUGAUGUGGAUGAGGAGCUAAGGUUGAGAAAUGUGUUCUGGGCUGACGCACGUAGUAAAGUAGCGUACGAGUAUUUCAGAGAUAUGAUCACUUUCGAUACGACAUACCUGACAAAUAGAUACAGUAUGCUGUUUGCUCCAUUUGUUGGGGUAAAUCAUCAUGGCAAGGAAGGUUGCAUUUCCACCUACGAUAUUUUAGAUGAAAUUACCACUGAUGAUGACAAUGUCAAGAGCAUCAAGUACACAGUUUACUUUAACGAUAAGGAGGUUGAUGUGAAAUGCACCUGUGCGUUGUUUGAGAUGAGAGAAAUUGUCUGUAGACAUGCAUUGAACGUUUGUCAGAUGAAUAAGAUUUAUGCGCUACCAGAGAAGUACUUAUUGGAUCGAUGGAGAAAGGACUUAAAGAGGAGAUACAUAUUGGUAAAAAGUAGCUACAAUGACUUGCGGCAAAAUGCGGAUUCACGGAUGUAUGAGUUUGUGAUGAAACGAUGUGUGAAAUUAGCUACCCAUGUAUCGUCGAGUGAUGCCCAUGUUACUGCAUUCAUGCGCCACUUGGACGAGUUUGAGAAUCAGUUUAAAGGAUUAACACUUGAGUCUAGUUCAACAAAGGUAACAGAGACUGUGGUCACAGACAAGGGUAAGAAAAUAUUAAGCCCAUACGUUGUCAGAGGGAAAGGGAGGCCGCCAACAAAAAGAAAGGUUCCGCCUGUUGAGAAGGUUGCAACCAAGCGAAAGAAGAAACAGGUAAUUCCUUUUCUCCAAGUAUUUAUUACGUGA